AUGAGAAUCAUGAGCAAAGGCAGCUCAGCUGCCUUUUAAAAAUGAGUGAGGAAUUGGCCUCUUGCAGCUCUCAGUUUGUCAGUUCUCCAGGCAUUAGAGGAUGGACUGAAGAGAGCAGAUGCAGAUCCUUCAGUGAAAGCUGUUAUGAUUUAUGGCAAAAAUGGGAAAUUCAGUGCAGGAGCUGACAUCCGAGGAUUUUCUUCUGUCAGGAGACGUGGUAUUGGCUUGGGGCACCUUGUCUCUCUCAUAGAACAGAGCAGGAAGCCUGUGGUGGCUGCCAUUGAAGGUGUUGCCUUGGGAGGAGGCCUGGAGGUGGCACUUGGCUGCCACUACCGGGUGGCACAUGUGAAGGCCCGGCUGGGUUUACCAGAGGUCACCAUUGGGUUACUUCCAGGUGGUGAAGGCACUCAGAGACUGCCCAGACUGAUUGGGGUACCAGCUGCUCUGGAUCUAAUCACUACAGGAAGACACAUUUCAGCAACUGAAGCACUGAAGCUUGGUCUGGUUGAUGAAGUUGUGGAAGAAAACACAGUUGAGGCAGCAAUUUGCUUGGCAAACAGAGUGAUUGACCAGCCAGUGGGACCUCGCAGGCUCAGCCUGAAGCCGGUUCCAAAACUGCCCGACAUGGAAGCGUUUCUCAACGAGGCUUUUGUGAAGCUGAAGAAACAGGCCCGUGGUUUCCUGGCUCCGGAGCUGUGCUUCCAGGCGGUGAGAGCAGCCACCAGGCUGCCCUUUGCCGAGGGCGUGCGCAGGGAGCGGGAGCUGUUCGAGGUGCUCCUGAGCUCCGGGCAGGCCCAGGCCCUGCAGUACGUGUUCUUUGCAGAGAGAGCCGUGCAGAAGUGGACAACACCCCGUGGAGCGUCCUGGAGAAGUGCCUCCCCUCGGCCCAUCCGCAAGGCAGCCGUGAUAGGGCUGGGAACAAUGGGCCGAGGCAUUGUGACUUCACUGGUUAAAGCCAACAUACCCGUGGUAGCCCUGGAGCAGAAUCUGGAGUAUCUGAACACUGGAAGAAAAGCUGUGAUGCUCCUUUUGGAACGUGAGGCUGUGAAAAUGGAGCAGGGCACCCAAACCCUGGCUUUCCAUGACCCUGCACAUCUCCAUUUCACUGUGGACUUUGACGUGUUGCGGGAUGUAGAUCUAGUUAUCGAGGCUGUGUUUGAGAACAUGGCACUAAAGAAGGAGAUAUUCCAGAAGCUAUCAAAAAUCUGCAAGCCAGGGGCCUUUCUGUGUACAAACACAUCAGCCCUGAACAUCGAUGAGAUAGCUUCUGCCACCAGCCACCCACAGCAGGUCAUUGGCACACACUUCUUCUCCCCUGCUCAUGUGAUGAGGCUAGUAGAAAUAAUCUAUGGCCACCACACAUCCCCUGUGGCCAUUGCCACUGCUAUGCAGCUGGCCAAAACCUUGAAGAAAGUUGGAGUGGUGGUAGGGAAUUGCUUUGGAUUUGUUGGGAACCGAAUGAUGUUUCCUUACGUUCAACAGGCAGUCUUCCUGUUAGAGGAAGGAAGCAGACCAGAAGCUGUAGAUCAGGUGCUUGAAGAUUUCGGGUUUAAGAUAGGACCUUUCAGAAUGUCUGACCUGGCUGGGCUGGAUGUGGGCUGGAGGUCUCGACAGGGCCAGGGCCUCACGGGGCCCUCGCUGCCUGCAGGAACACCUGCCCGCCAGCGGCACGGCCAGCGCUACAGCCCCCUGCCCGACCUCCUCUGUGAGCAGGGCAGGUUUGGCCAGAAAACUGGGAAAGGCUGGUACCAGUAUGAGAAGGCUGGGGGCAGGACAGCCAAGCCAGAUCCAUGGCUCCACAGCUUCCUGGCCCAGUACAGGGACACCCAUCGCAUCCAGACCCGCUCUAUAGACCAGGAGGAGAUCCUGGAGCGCUGCUUGUUUCCCCUCAUCAAUGAAGGGUUUAAGAUCCUGGCUGAGGGAAUAGCAUCUGGCCCAGAACACCUGGAUGUCAUUUAUAUCAAUGGCUACGGGUGGCCAAGGCACAAGGGGGGGCCCAUGUUCUAUGCCUCCACCGUUGGGCUCCCUCGUGUUCUGGCUAAACUGCAGAAAUACUCUGAGGCCCACCCUGAUGUUCCUGAGCUACAGCCCAGUGCCCUGCUGAAAAAGCUGGUAGCUCUGGGUAGCCCUCCCCUCAAAGACUGGGUGUCCUGCCUCAGCCAGCCAAGCAACAAGCUGUGA